UCUUUGACAAUGUGGAUAGCCACUUCUCAUAUCAACUUUUAAUUUAUUAAAUUAAAAACCCUUGAGGAAACAAACGAGAGAACCAUUCUUUCUUUCUUUUUCUAUGUUAUUGUUGAAAGAGGAGAAUUAUUCUCGUCUGUUCUUUUGUCUCUUCGUAUUUCCCUUCACGUUGCAGAAUCCGAGUUUGAAAGACUCAAAACUCUCGCAUUUUAUCUUUCUUUCUUUUGUUGCAGCAGUUGAAUUUGAGAGUACUGAAAUUGGAUAUCGUGAACCACAUCUUCCAUGGCUAAGGUCAUGAAAAGGGUUUCUCAAUUGUGGGCGUACUUAGCAAGUAAACUAAGGCAAUGUAAUACAAGUUCUGAAAGCCUAAGAGCACAGUUGCUGCUGGAUCAAAAAAACUCGAAACAAAUGGAGCAGCAAACUGAAAAAGCGGACAGGGACACUGCAACCGUUUCGCCGGCGGCUACAAACGGGAACAAGAGUGACACAGGGAAGGUAAUAAAGGAAGAGGUGAAGAAGCAGUUUUGGCUCUCUGCUCCACUCAUCGGCGUGAGCCUCCUCCAAUACUCUCUCCAAGUCAUCUCGGUCAUGUUCGUUGGCCAUCUCGGCUCACUUCCUCUCUCUGCUGCCUCCAUCGCCACCUCCUUCGCCUCCGUCACCGGCUUCACUUUCCUGAUGGGCACAGCUAGUGCGUUGGAAACACUUUGUGGCCAAUCGUACGGAGCAAAGAUGUACGGGAAGCUAGGCAUCUACAUGCAGAGAGCCAUGUUUGUUCUCCUCAUACUCUCCAUUCCUCUCUCCGUCGUUUGGGCUUACACUGAGAACAUCCUUGUCUUCGUCCACCAAGACAAAUCCAUCGCCAGCCUUGCAGGCUCGUACGCUUGGUACAUGAUCCCAAGCAUCUUCGCUUACGCGCUUCUUCAGUGCCUAAACAGGUUCUUGCAAACGCAAAACAAUGUCUUCCCUGUUUUUGUAUCCUCUGGAAUCACUGCCUGUCUUCACGUGCUUCUCUGUUGGGUCUUGGUCUUGAAGUCUGGUCUAGGACACAAGGGAGCUGCUCUUGCUAUCUCUGUCUCUUACUGGUUCAACGUCAUUCUUCUCUCGUGUUACGUCAAGUUCUCAGCUUCUUGCUCUCAAACAUGGACCGGUUUCUCCAAAGAGUCUCUCAGCCAGAUCCCUGCUUUUAUGAGGCUUGGCUUUCCUUCCGCGGUUAUGGUCUGCUUAGAGCUAUGGUCGUUCGAGCUUUUGGUUCUCUUAUCUGGCCUCCUUCCUAAUCCUGUUUUAGAAACUUCAACCCUUUCAAUCUGCCUUAAUACGUCACUAACACUCUGGAUGGUACCGGUUGGCCUUGGUGGCACUGCAAGCACGAGAAUCUCGAAUGAGCUAGGAGCAGGGAAUCCUAAAGGGGCAAAGCUGGCUGUACGUGUUGUUGUAGCUAUAGUAAUCGUUGAGGGUCUUAUGAUGGGAUCAAUUCUGUUAGGUGUACGUAACAAAUUGGGAUAUGCUUUCAGCAGCGAUCCUAAUGUCAUCAAGUACGUUGCAUCUAUGAUACCUAUUGUCGUCGCUGGCAACUUCCUUGAUGGAUUCCAAUGCGUUCUCUCAGGAGUUGCUAGAGGGUGUGGAUGGCAGAAGAUUGGUGCUUGUGUGAAUCUCGGCUCAUAUUAUCUAGUUGGAGUUCCCUUGGGGUUAUUACUAGGUUUCCAUUUACAUCUCGGUGGUCGGGGCCUUUGGCUGGGAAUUGUAAUGGCUUUAGUUGUUCAAGUCCUGUCUCUUUCCAUCAUCACUUUAGUUACAAACUGGGAUAAAGAGGCCAAGAAAGCCAAAGACAGAGUCGGAUCUGAUGAUGAGGUUAAAGAAACUGAAGCAUCAAUCAGAAAAUGAUGAGGCUCAGAAACUACUUUGAUUUUCCUGCAUCGUUGUGUUUCAAAUUGUAUCUUCUCGGUGAGGUCGAAGCUUUCCCACUGCUAUGUAUCUUUCUUGGUAGAAACUUAUACCGACUAUACAGUGAAUUGUUGGCAAAACUUGGAAACUGCAUUGUGAAUGGCAAAAUUAAAUAUGGAGUGUAAUGAUUAUUAAAUAACUGAUUUGAGAUUGAUAUCAUUUAUUCAGAGUGAUUUGGACUU